AUGGCCUUCGAACUAUUCGAACUCAUCGAUCAAAUGUACUCUAGGCCACUCGCAAAGACUCCAAAAGUGUCUCUCCGUUUUCUUCAACUCUGCUACGCAUGGAUCAGCGUUCUUUCUAUCUGGUACAUCGUCUUCGGAGCUUGGUUCCUUCACGGCGCUGGAACUUACUAUAAGUUCGUUACUCUGUCGAUGGCAUUCAUUCUCUCCAUCGCAUUUUUUUAUGAUUCCGAUGGCAGAGGAUGGAAGAAGUUUGCGACCCUCUGUGUAAUUUGUGCUCUUCCAAGACUCUUCGUGUCCCCAAUCUACGCAGUUGCAAACAUUCAAACGUCCAAUGUCAAUGCAACUAAUACCCCAGAUUUCAUUGAGUCAUUCCACACUUUGAACAUGUGGGGAUUCCAGGACAAAUACAAUCACAUCACACUCAUCUGGUUCGUCUAUUACUACAACUUCAUGCUGAUCAUUAUGUCAAUGCAAAGAGUCUCGUGUCGUAAAGCAGUUGAAGAGAAGAAACAGAAAAUCUAUGCGGAAAACGUGAAGAUUCAGGAAUCAAAGAGAGUUGAGAACGAGCAAGGAACCGGGCCAAUGCACAUUUAA